UUAUCAAUUAAAACAAGGGAAAAUAUGCUCCAAGCCCCCACUCUCUCUCCCCUCCAUCACAAUGCCCCCGUCUUCCUCCUCCUCCUCCUCCUCCUCUCUCCCCGUCUCAAAAUCCAAGCGCCAAAACCCUAACCCUAGCAAUCCCACCUCCUUCUCCUCCUGCUGCAAUCACUCCUCCCCCGCCGCCACCCUCGACCUCCUGAUCCUCAUCCUCGUCCUCUUCUCCUGCUCCUUCCUCGUCCUCUCCUCCCUCUCCCACCUCCUUCGGGUCCUCUCCCAAACCCUAACCCUAAGCACCAACCCCCUCUCCUUCCUCCUCUCCUUCCUCCUCCUCCUCCUCCUCCUCCUCCCCCUCCUCAGAACCUCCCGAUUCUGCUCCCGCAAGUGCAGAAACCCUAGGUGCAAGGGUCUGAAGAAGGCGCUGGAGUUCGAUGUGCAGAUUCAGACGGAGGAUUGCGUGAGGGAGAAGGGGAAGGUGUGGAAGGAGAUCGAGGAUCUGCCGUGGAAAGGGGGGCAGCAGGGGAGGAACCCCGAUUACGAGGUUCUGCGGGCCGAGCUGAGGAAGAUGGCGCCCCUUAAUGGCCGGGCUGUGCUGCUGUUUCGGGCGAGGUGCGGGUGCCCGCUUGCAAAGCUGGAGGCUUGGGGCCCGAAGAAGGGGCCGAGGCGAAGUAGGAGGAGCAUGGCAAACCUCGCUCUCGAGGGUCCCAACGGUGGAUGAUUUAUCGGCUGGAUCUCAUCUAUUAUAAAUUAUAGUUCUCUUCUGAUUUUGCAUAAAUUUAGAAGUUCUUAUUCAUCAAAACUUACUAUAGCAAUUUGGCAAUGUGGCCACAUGAAGGAAAAGUUAAAUCACAGGAUAGCGGUUGCCUGCUAAAGGAUUGCAUCCUAAGCAGAGAAGAAACAUGGGAUUGAAUAAUGGACAUAUGAAAAUACAAAAUAAAACGUAUGCUGCAGCAAUUAAAUUAGUUCACAUUUCUCAAUUUCAUGAUGGACAUUUGCAUAUUUUAUAGUUCAAUGCUGUUUUUCUCUCAGUAUGUUGGUUAGCAUUAUUCUUCUUGAUGAGAGCA